AUGGCACCACCCGGUUCUGUGUCGUGCGACACCUUUAAAACCACGCUGAUAAACAGAACCUCCGAAUCGCAACAGAAACGACUUCACCAGCUUCUGAUAUCGGAAGAAUUGGGUGACAAAACGCCGUCCCAGCUUCUUUGUAGAAGGAAGCAGCUUCUCGGAGAUGAGAGCCUCCCGGAAAAAAUUUUCAAGCAGCUUUUUCUCCAGCGUCUGCCCUCCAAUACCCAGGUUGUUCUCGCUUCUACUAGAGAAAAUACAUCCAUUGAAGAACUGGCGGAACUAGCUGACAAAAUAGCCGAAGUACCGCACAAAUAUCCAACGGUAUCGACGGUGACGCCAGUCACUCCCAGUACCAAUCCCUUCCGUGCACAAACCAGUUCUUCCGAGAUUUCGGACUUGCGUGCAUUAAUGAUGCAGCAAGCUGCUCAAAUUCAGACCCUCACCAACCAAAUACAGGCCCUAUCGCUUAGUUCCCAGCGCCGAAGCACCAGCCGAUCGCGACGAGAUGGCAGACGGUACCGAAGCCCCAGUGCGACCCGCAACUCACAUGACACGUGUUGGUAA